AGCCCCUGGCCGUUCGGCAAGACCCCUGCAUAUCCCGGGGCUUCCCGAAAUCCAGUUCCCCUCCCCCACCCCAGCUCAUGCCCCAGCCCCAGAACUCCGGGGCUGCCAGCCCCCGGUGUCCCUGCCCCUCCUGAGAAUCGGGGUGUGCUCCUCAAGCCCCCUCCCUUCCACCUGGGAGCCCCUUUUAGGGUCCCCCCCUCCCUUCCACGCUCCCCUAUCCUUCUCUUCUCCAACCUUCUCUUUCCCCUCUCACCCCUCCCCCCAUCCUGGCCCCCCCUGCAAAAGUGGGGUGCGGAGGGGGGAGGGGUGAGAACCCACCGAGGGGAGGAACAAAACUCCAAUGAAGUCAGAGCCCCCUACUCGCCGCCGCGGCCAGGCCCCCCAACAUGGACUGUCUCUGUAUAGUGACAACCAAGAAAUACCGCUACCAAGAUGAAGACACGCCCCCUCUGGAGCACAGCCCGGCCCACCUCCCCAACCAGGUAAACGCCCCCGAGCUGGUGCACGUGGCGGAGAGGAACUUGUCCCACCUCGAGGCCGUCCAUGGGGUCGUGGGCCACGCCCACCUCUCCCCCCUCAAGGCCAAUUCUCCCCCUGUGAUUGUCAACACGGACACCCUAGAAGCGCCAGGAUAUGUGAACGGGACAGAGGGGGAGAUGGAAUACGAGGAGAUCACGUUGGAAAGGGGUAACUCAGGUCUGGGCUUCAGCAUCGCAGGUGGUACCGACAACCCACACAUCGGUGACGACCCAUCCAUUUUCAUCACCAAGAUCAUUCCUGGUGGGGCUGCAGCCCAGGAUGGCCGCCUCAGGGUCAACGACAGCAUCCUGUUUGUAAAUGAAGUGGAUGUUCGGGAGGUGACCCAUUCCGCUGCGGUAGAGGCCCUCAAAGAAGCAGGUUCCAUUGUUCGCCUCUAUGUCAUGCGCCGGAAACCCCCAGCUGAGAAGGUCAUGGAGAUCAAGCUUAUCAAAGGGCCUAAAGGACUUGGCUUCAGCAUCGCAGGGGGCGUCGGGAACCAGCACAUCCCUGGAGAUAAUAGCAUCUACGUAACGAAGAUCAUCGAAGGAGGUGCGGCCCACAAGGACGGCAGGUUGCAGAUUGGAGACAAGAUCCUGGCGGUCAACAGUGUGGGGCUAGAGGACGUCAUGCACGAAGAUGCCGUGGCGGCCCUGAAGAACACAUAUGACGUUGUCUACCUAAAGGUGGCCAAGCCCAGCAAUGCCUACCUGAGUGACAGCUAUGCUCCCCCAGACAUCACAACCUCGUAUUCUCAGCACCUGGAUAAUGAGAUCAGUCACAGCAGCUACUUGGGCACCGACUACCCCACAGCCAUGACCCCCACUUCCCCUCGGCGCUACUCCCCUGUGGCCAAGGACCUGCUGGGGGAGGAAGACAUUCCCCGGGAACCAAGACGAAUUGUGAUCCACCGGGGCUCCACGGGCUUGGGCUUCAACAUCGUGGGUGGCGAGGACGGUGAAGGCAUCUUCAUCUCCUUCAUCCUCGCUGGGGGCCCUGCUGACCUCAGUGGGGAGCUGCGGAAGGGGGACCAGAUCCUAUCGGUCAAUGGUGUUGACCUCCGCAAUGCCAGCCAUGAGCAGGCUGCCAUCGCCCUGAAGAACGCGGGUCAGACAGUCACGAUCAUUGCUCAGUAUAAACCAGAAGAGUAUAGCCGAUUCGAGGCCAAGAUCCAUGAUCUUCGGGAACAGCUUAUGAAUAGUAGCCUGGGCUCAGGGACUGCAUCCCUGCGGAGCAACCCCAAGAGGGGUUUCUAUAUCAGGGCCCUGUUUGAUUACGACAAGACCAAGGACUGCGGCUUCUUGAGUCAGGCCCUGAGCUUCCGCUUUGGGGAUGUGCUUCACGUAAUCGACGCUAGCGAUGAAGAGUGGUGGCAGGCGCGGCGGGUCCACUCUGACAGUGAGACCGAUGACAUUGGCUUCAUUCCCAGCAAACGGCGGGUUGAGCGACGAGAGUGGUCCAGGUUAAAGGCCAAGGACUGGGGCUCCAGCUCUGGAUCACAGGGUCGAGAAGACUCGGUUCUGAGCUAUGAGACAGUGACGCAGAUGGAAGUGCACUACGCUCGCCCCAUCAUUAUCCUUGGGCCCACCAAAGACCGUGCCAAUGAUGAUCUUCUCUCUGAGUUCCCCGACAAGUUUGGAUCCUGGAUGGUGGUUAGAUCUUUGUGGGAUGGGAUGACUUCUUGGCAGAUACGACACGUCCCAAGCGGGGAAUAUGAGAUAGAUGGCCGGGAUUACCACUUUGUGUCCUCCCGGGAGAAAAUGGAGAAGGACAUUCAGGCGCACAAGUUCAUUGAGGCUGGCCAGUACAACAGCCACCUCUAUGGGACCAGUGUCCAGUCUGUACGAGAGGUAGCCGAGCAGGGGAAGCACUGCAUCCUCGAUGUCUCGGCCAAUGCCGUGCGGCGGCUGCAGGCGGCCCACCUGCACCCCAUCGCCAUCUUCAUCCGCCCCCGCUCCCUGGAGAAUGUGCUAGAGAUCAAUAAGCGGAUCACAGAGGAACAAGCCAGGAAAGCCUUUGACAGGGCCACUAAACUGGAGCAGGAAUUCACAGAGUGCUUCUCAGCCAUCGUGGAGGGCGACAGCUUUGAGGAGAUCUACCACAAAGUGAAGCGUGUCAUUGAAGACCUCUCAGGCCCCUACAUCUGGGUCCCAGCCCGAGAGAGACUCUGAUUCCUGCCCUGGCUUGGCCUGGACUCACCCUGCCUCCAUCACCUGGGCCCUUGGUCUGGACUGAAUAGCCCGAGCCCUUUGUACCCCAGCCCCCCUUCCCACCCUUCUUAUUUAUUUCCUUUAUAACUGGAUCCAGCCCAUUGGAGGGGGGGACACUCCUCUGCAUGUAUCCCUGUACCCCAGAACAGGGCUCCUGGACCCCAGGAACCUGGGGCCUGGGGGUGUGGGGUUGGGCUCUUGGUUUCCGAGCCUUUGCUCCUUAGGACCCCUGCCCGUGCCCGCCCCCCACGCACACACAGACCCACUGGGGGCCUCUGCCCUCCCCAUUUUCUCCCACAUACAUUCCAGAAGUCAGGGCCCCUCUCAAGGAGUACCCGCUGUAGGGAUGCAGGGCCACAGGCCUCCGCGCUCUCCUGAGGCAGGGGCUGGGGUCACCCCUGCCCCAUCAUAACUCCCCAUGUCAUUUGAGUUCUCAUUUAUUUUCUCCA